GUCUGCGGUAUGAGAUUGUUUCAAAGACUGGCCCACUGCAUGCUCCAGUGUUUUCUGUAGGUGUGGAGGUAAAUGGUUUCCACUUUGAGGGCCGAGGACCAACAAAAAAGCAGGCCAAGAUGAGGGCUGCAGAACUGGCUCUCCGGUCAUUCAUCCAGUUCCCCAACGCCUCCCAGGCUCACACCACCAUGGGGAACUUCACCAGAACUCCUAUGGAUUUUACAGCGGAUAAACUAGACAUCCCCGACGCAUUCCUCAAGGAGUGUGAGCCAUCGCUCCGUGAAAACUGUGACCUCCUGCACUGCAACACAGCGAGAAACGAGGUUUUCUCCAGCGUUUACAACCACAGACGACUUGUUCGACUCACACUAGACCUGGUCUCAAAAAGAUGUGCACUUAGCACCUCAAUUUUAGAGCACCUUAGUCCAGUGGUGCUGCUCAAUGAGCUGCGACCAGGACUCAGGUACCUGUGCCUGACAGAGAGAGUUCACGGCAGGCCAAUGAGGAGUUUUGUUAUGGUGGUACGGGUGGAGGGGAAGGUGUUUGAAGGGUGUGGUCACAGCAAAAGACUGGCCAAGGCCCAGGCAGCAGCGGCCGCCCUACAGUCUAUUUACAACAUAAGUCUGGAACCGGAGAGAAAGAUUAUGGGCCUCCAGGGCAGCAGGGCCAAAAAUCAGCUACCUCAGUUCUUCGCAGAGUCGAUGUUCCACCUGGUGAGAGAGAAAUACACAGAGCUGACACACAGUUGCUUCUCUACCUUGCACGUCCGUCACAAGGUCCUGGCAGGGAUCUUAAUGACCAGAGGAUUUGACCUCAGAUCAGCCCAGGUUGUGUCUCUGGGCACAGGGACUAAGUGUCUGGACUUGGAAAACAUGAGUGACCACGGCAGUACGCUCAGCGACUGCCAUGCCGAAGUCAUCAGCCGAAGGGCGCUAGUUCAAUUCCUGUAUGCUCAGCUGGAGCUGCUGCUCUGUAAACCAGCAGACUGUGAGGAACAAUCCAUCUUCAUACCAAAUAAAAACGGCGGCCUCCGGCUGCGGGACGGCGUCCUCUUCCACAUGUACGUCAGCUCAUCGCCAUGUGGAGACGCUCGUCUCAACUGCCCCUACGAGACCACGAGAGACAGCUACAGCAUAAAAAACACAGUCAGGAGGUUCCGCUGUCACCUCAGAGUGAAGGUGGACGGAGGCGAGGGGACGCUGCCUGUCACAGCACGAAGAGCCAAUCAGAAAUGGGACAGUGUGGCACCAGGCAAACCUCUUGUCACCAUGUCAUGCACCGACAAGAUGGCAAAGUGGAGCAUUGUGGGCCUCCAGGGGGCACUCCUGUCUCACCUGGUGGAGCCGGUUUACCUGCACAGCCUGACGGUGGGAACGCUCAGCCACACAGGUCACCUGGGCAGAGCCAUGGCACGCCGCCUCGCACCCGUCAAGCACCUGCCCUCCCCAUACCGACGGCAGCAGCUGUUGCUCGGCUGUCUGAGCAGCAGCGAGGUUCGGCCAGCAGGGAAGGCGCCAAACGUCAGUGUGAACUGGAGCCACGGUGACGGAGGCCUGGAGGAGAUCAGCACCUCCACAGGAAGGAGGAAGGACUCAGGGACGCCGUCACGGCUCUGCAGGCGCUCCAUCUUUGCCCGCUGGCAGAGGCUGCAGCAGCAGUUGAAUGGUGCAGAAGCCACCCCAGGGACAUAUUCUGAUUCCAAGAUGACUGCUGGAUGCUACCAAAGGGUGAUGCAGCAGUUUACGGGCGCUCUGCAGGGCGGAGGGCUGGGAAUUUGGCUCAGAAAACCUCCAGAACUGGGUCACUUCAACAUCAAUGUGUGAAAAUCUGUUUUAAAUUCUGAAUAUUGACGGUUAAAGUGAAGGUCAUGUAUGCUUUUCUUUGUGAGUGCGUGAGUGAGGAACAAAGAUUGUCACUCUAGACAGAGAAGAAGAUUGGGAAUUUCACUUCUAUUUAUCUUAAAUGAGGAAUUAUUAACUGUGUGAAAAUGGCAUCAUUGGAGCGACUCGGGACAGACAAGUAAAGAAUUCUCCAUUAUGCAAAUUAGCAAAGAAU